AUGUUUUUUAACUUUCUGCUGUUUCUUCUGAUUGGCACGAUAUGCACUGAAGCGGGAGAACUUGUCGACUCGCGUGUCCAUAUUGAGAGGUUAUGGGAAUUGAACACAAAGACAAGUGAUCUGCACAUCACUUUCACAUUAGAGCAAGGACUUGUCGGAUAUGAUAUAACCUCUAAGUCGCCUGUAGUUUAUAAUAAAACUAAGGUUAUUCCACCUUUUCAUGAAGCUUACUUCGAUUUCAAAGCUUACACUCAACAAGGUCCAACAGAAGCAUCUCUAAACAACGAGAUUAUCAUUGGAAUCAGAAGAAGAUUCGAAGCAACCAUAAGCUGUCUUCAUAAUGAUCAAUUUCCUUUUGACAGACAAACCUGCACAUGGAGACUUAUUAUUUUGGGUAAAUCUAAAGAUCAGCUGGAUCUCCGAUGGGCUACGAAGCCGUUAGAGAGCCAUGACUUAGCUUUACCUCAAUUUAUAGUUGAAAAGAUUUCACCCAUCACUUGCGUGCACGAAUCCACUCUACCGUCAGCUUUUACCUCAACAUCUACACAUGUUCUUCACGGAUGUCUUUCUGUCGUCAUGGAAUUUCGUCGUUCGAUGACCAUUCCAUUAACACGUCUCUUUAUUCCAACGUCAUUAGCUCUUUUCCUGUCUUGGCUAUCGCUCUAUACAAAGCGUUCCGAUCUCUUAGCUCGAAUAAUUUUGCCAAUUUCUUCUAUAAUCAUCCAAAUGCUACUGGCUUUGAACUAUCUGUCAGCCGUGACCAUUUCAACAACUUUGACCCCAGCAGAUGUUUGGUGCAUUUUAUUGACUGCUCAAUGUGUUUUGGUUAUUUUCUUGUUGUUUCUUAUUUCGAUAGUGGAGAAUAAGUCGAAAAAGUAUCUGGAUCUAGCUGAGGAUGAUAAGACAGUUCGAAAACAGAGCAAGGGACGUCAUCAUCGUCUUGCUAUGAAGCAAAUACCGUACAAAAGAAACCAAGAAGAGGAAAAGUGUCUUUCAUUUGAAGAGGUGAUGUCUUGCGAGUUCCGUAAGAAGUCUGAUUCGUACUCACUGGCUGCUGUUCGCAUUCAAAUUGUAGCUCGAUUUUUAUGUCCUCUAGUUUACAUUUCCUCAACUGUUCUAUUCUUUUUAUUAUAUCUUGUUAAAUUCUUUUAG